CUGAAUUCAGAUGCCAUCCGAAGUUCAAAAAAACCCGGUGAUAUGUAUGUAGUCCCAGACCUGUGCAACCUUCUACAGUUUAGUUCUUUUUGGCUUCGCCUCUCAAAACCAUUCUGCUCAUUCUUUUCUUCUUUUGGCUAUGUCUUUAUUCUUCUCUUCCUUCGUCACCCAUUGCAGUUUCUUCAACACAUGUUGGAGAAUUGAGACAGGAUCCGCUAGUUGGGGUCUUCAGGGGUUCUUGUCUGAGGAGAAAGAAAGAAUCAUCGAGAUCAUGGAAUUGGUAACCUCGUCAAGGUUCAAUAAAGCUGUUGAACCAAUGGAAACCCCAAUUGGUUCCUUUGUCAAAGAAGACGCGAUGGGAACAGGGGGGCAAUCUCUCGAUAAAGUCCGUGAGAAUGCCAUGAAUAAAGCGGCAGAAUUUGUCAAUGGCGAUCACCCUUUUGCUCAAUUCCCUUGGAUCAAGAAAUCUAUUGACUUGAUGGGUCUUAAUAUGAUGGAUGUUUAUGGCGGCCUUACCCUAGUUGAUUACUUUAAGGAGGCCAAUCAGGAAUUCAAUAAGAAACAGAAACUAUAUUCUGCCUACUGCCCAACUGUUCCAGCAUUCCCAAUUCUGGGUUUUUCUAUUCCGAAGAAACAGGGGUCCAACAGAAGGAAAGCGGAACAAUGUUCUAGUGCCAGUUGCCCUGUCCCGCCCUUCCCAGUUCUGCUUCUUUCCGUGCCCAAGAAACAGAGAUCUAACCGAGGCAAACCCCUGAUAAUCACUACUGGUAGUGGUUUUCUCAAAAAAUUUGGAGCCCGUGUUCUUAAAGAUUUUGAAACGAGAUUCUCUGAUGCUGAGCUUGUUGAACGUAAGAGGAACAAGAGUAAGAAACGCUGCCGUGAGAGUGAAGAAAGUGAAGAGGAAAUGCUGAGUAAACCAAAGAGGCACAAGGACGGCAAGAUUGAGAAUAAUAGGCCCAACUACGCACACACAGGCCCAAGAGGAGGAGACAUACCCACGUGGACAGCACCACGUGGACCAAUGAGAGGCUUACAUGUGCAGAUACGUAUAGAAGCAGCCGAGGACUUCAACAGUGUUGGACUGCGAAGUUGCCGAAACAUUGGAGGAGCCGAACAGGAUCACCUAAGUGAAACGGAUGAUGAAAGAACACCAACUGGGUCAACAGAACCUGCUCGGACAACCGAGCUCGAAGAGAGAACCAGAGUUCUCGAAAUGGCAAUGGGAAGAAUCCUUGCUCGCUUAAUCCCUGAUGACCUCCUGAUUCCUUUGCUGAACAGGGAUGCACAACCAGCUGCGAAGAAGAAGCAGAAGGUCGGUGAGCAAUGGGGGAAACCAGCUGAGUUCCCGAAAUAUGCCAGUUACAUUCCUUUGACCUUACCUAGGUCUCAAAUCCUGGCACAAAUUCAGCACUGGGUUAGGAGGCCUCCACCCCCACUGCAUGAUUCCCUGAGGGUAGAUAAGAGCAAGCACUGUGACUACCACCGUGUAUAUGGUCACAAUACAGAGGACUGCCAACAUUUGAAGGAUGAGUUAGAGUUUUUGGCUCGUAACGGGAAGCUAGAAGGGUAUGUUCAGAAGCCUCACACCCAGCAACCCACUCAAACCCAUUUUGUGCAGGCAUACGACCGACCUCAAGGACAGAGGUACCAGCAUGGUGGGACACAGGAUGCAUAUCAGGAGAACCAGUAUCCUACUGAACAAAGCAGAGUGUACCGAGGACGUCCUUUCAACAGGAGAGGGCAGGGACCGAGAACUACCGCCCCGAAUCAAAAAGACAGGAAAGGGGUAGGUUAUGCUGGGAUACCCCCACCUUCUGGUACAAUAAAUAUGAUAUCGGGUGGUGUUCACUCAGGGGGCCAAAGCGCCCGAGCUCGCAAGGCAUAUGCUCGACGGGUGAUGACCGUCAACAAAGACAGACCAUUGAAACGGCCGUUUGAGGAAGCAGAAUGGGAAAAUACGCCAAUUACAUUCAGCCCGGCAGAUUACAAGCGAGCAGAAGGAGAGCCCGACAUUAUGAUGCCCCAUGCAGAUCCCUUUGUGGCAACAGUUCAUAUAGGCAAUCAUAAUGUCAAUAAGGUGUUUAUUGACACGGGCAGUUCACCAGACAUCCUAUACUGGGGUUGCUUCCAGAAGAUGCAGCUAAAUCCGAGCUCGCUACAGAAGCAUGAAGGGCCAAUAUACGGGUUUGAUAACCAGCCCGUCCCAGUUGAAGGAGUUAUUACCCUUCCUAUAUAUGUGGGCUCAGAACCGCGCUUCAGGAUGGCUUCGGUCACCUUCUUGGUCGUUAAGAUGGAAUCAGCUUUCAAUGCUAUACUAGGAAGAGCCACCCUGUGCGAGCUGAAGGCUAUUAUCUCACAGCCCCACCUCUGUAUGAAGUUCCCAACUCCUCAAGGGGUCGGAGUGCUGAAGGGGAACCAGAAGAUGGCCAGGGCAUGUUAUCAUGACACGUUUAAGAAGGUUGAGCUCGCUGUAGCCCUUGGAGGAUCUGGAAUAGAGCCGGUAGAGCCAGUGGAAACCGUUCCUUUAAACCCUGAUGUGCUGGAAAGAACAGUAAAGGUAGGCACCAAACUCACGGAAGAAGAACAAGCAGAGCUUCUGGAGUUUUUGAGGGUCAAUCAAGACGUGUUCGCGUGGACUACUGAUGAAAUGCCUGGCAUCCCGGCAGAGUUAACAGUCCACAAACUCAGCACAGAUCCUACCAGAAGGCCAGUGGUGCAGAAACGUCGCCUUUUUGGCCCAGAGAAACAAGCCGCCAUAGACGAGGAGAUACAAAAGCUGUUACAGGCGGGCUUCAUUAGAAGAGUGGAGUACUCUGAAUGGGUGUCCAACCCUGUGCUCAUCAAAAAUCCAAAUGGCAAGUGGAGGAUGUGUAUUGACUUCACCAACCUCAAUGAUGCGUGUCCAAAAGACCCUCAUCCCUUGCCAAACGUCGAGAAGUUAGUGGAGCGGGCAGCUGGGCAUGCACGGAUGAGUUUUCUUGAUGCCAACUCGGGCUAUCACCAGGUUCAGUUGCUGUUGGACGACCAGGAGAAAACAGCUUUUUACGCAGGGGACGCUAUCUACUGUUAUGUCAUGAUGCCGUUCGGCCUAAAAAAUGCCGGAGCAACAUACCAGAAGCUGGUCCAGAUCAUCUUUAAGCUCCAGAUCGGUAGGAACAUAGAAGUGUAUGUAGAUGACAUGAUAGUCACCAGCGUGCGAGCUGAGGAUCACAUUGGCGACCUGGAUGAAACUUUUCAAAACCUGCGCCGAGCACAAAUGAAGCUGAAUCCCUUGAAAUGCACAUUUGCUGUAGAGUCGGGAAAAUUCCUAGGAUACGUAGUAUCCCAGAAAGGAAUUGAGGUAAAUCCAGAAAAGGUUGAGGCCGUUCAGCAGAUGGAGCCACCAAGAACUGUCAAGGACGUGCAGCGUUUGACGGGCCGUGUUGCUGCGUUGCACCGGUUUAUAGCCAGAUCGGCAGAAAGAUGCCUUCCGUUUUUCAAAGCUCUGCGGGAGCCUAAGAACUUCCAGUGGACCAAUGAAUGUCAACAGGCCUUUGACGAACUCAAACGAUAUUUGGCAUCCGCACCCCUGCUGUCCAAGCCUGUCAACGGAGAAUGCUUAUACCUUUAUCUGGGGGUCACAGAAGAAGCAGUGAGUUCAGUACUACUAAGGGAGGAGGAUAAACAUCAGAAGCCUAUCUGCUACGUGAGCAAGGUGUUACAAGGUGCCGAGCAGAACUACCCAUUAGCAGAAAAGGCUGCAUUUGCCCUGGUGUAUACAGCUCGUAAGUUGAGGGCUUAUUUCCAGUCACAUCAGAUUGUCGUCUAUACUGAUUUGCCAUUAAGAAAAAUAUUGCAGAAACCUGAGCUCUCUGGUCGGCUUAUUGGGUGGAGUGUCGAGCUGAGUGAAUAUGCCCUCAAAUUUCAGCCGCGUACAGCCGUAAAGGGCCAGGUCGUUGCAGACUUUCUGGUGGAAUGCAUUUCAGCAACUAAGGAAGAAAAAGCACCUAAGCACCCAGUCUGGGUUUUGUAUGUAGAUGGAGCUGCUAAUGCCGAAGGAUCAGGUGCUGGAGCUCUGUUACUGGGCCCUGAUGGCUUUAAGUCUGAGCACGCACUGAGGUUUAAGUUUCAGACAACCAAUAAUGCUGCAGAAUAUGAAGCCCUCAUUUACGGACUGAAGCUAGCGGCCGAGCUGAAGGUACAAAGCAUUCAGGUCUUCAGUGACUCUCAGCUUGUUGUCGGCCAGGUGAAUGGCAGGUCCGACAUCAGGGAUCCCCAGCUCAGUCGUUAUGCCUCUGUGGUCAACAGAUUGAAGUCAAGGUUCGCUUCAUUUCAGAUCGACAAAAUAUCACGGGCAGAUAACCACCGAGCUGACGAGCUGUCAAAGUUGGCCUCCUCGCAGGACAUUAACCCUCAAAGAUCAACAAUCAUCGAGGUGCUCGACGCACCAAGUUACACUGAUUUCAUAGUCGACUGUCAACUACUCAGUACAGAUCCCUCUACACCGAGCUGGACUACACCGCUCAUAAAUUAUCUGCAAAGCGGCGAGCUGCCUGAAGACCUGUCCGCUGCGAAGUUGAUUAAACGCAGGGCGGCACAUUUCACUUUGUUAGAUAGCCAGCUCUACAAACAAGCAGCCUCAAUGCCCCUAUUACACUGCCUUACUCCUUACGAAGCUGAAUAUGCUGUCAGAGAAGUGCACGAAGGAGUAUGUGGCACGCACAUCGGUGGCAAAACUUUAGCUCGGAAACUCCUGAGGCAUGGUUAUUACUGGCCCACUAUGGUCGAUGACACGCAGAACUAUGUCAAAAAAUGUCCGACCUGCCAGUUCAAUGCCGAUGAUAUACACAUGCCAAGGGAAAUGCUAUCAUCUCUCGCGUCCCCCUGGCCCUUUGCUCAGUGGGGUGUCGACCUGCUCGGCCCUUUUAUCAAAGGCAAAGGAGGCUGUACUUUCCUGGUCGUUGCAGUGGAUUACUUUACUAAGUGGAUAGAAGCCAAGCCACUGUCCACGACAACAGAAAGAAAAAUAGAAGAAUUCUUGUUCAAUUCAAUACUGUGCAGGUUCGGCAUACCUAAGCGAAUUAUCGCCGACAAUGGGCCACAGUUCCGAGCAGCAGCACUGAGGUUGUUUUGUGACGAUUAUGGCAUUGAGCUCGCUCUGACGUCCGUGUAUACUCCACAGUCCAACGGGCAAGCCGAGUCCGUCAAUAAAAUCGUCUUGCGGGGACUCAAGACGCGUGUUUUGGCUGCGCAUUCUAAUUGGGUUGACGAGCUCAACAAAGUGCUUUGGUCUUGUCGCACCACGCCCAGGUCGGCCACAUGCGAAACCCCUUUCAGCCUAGCCUAUGGAGCCGAGGCCGUCAUCCCAGUAGAAGUCGGAUUGCCAUCUGAACGAGCAGGCCGGUAUGACGACCUUAACAACGAGCAACUUUUGAGAGAGAAUCUGGACUUUAUAGAAGAAGUCAGGGAGAUGUCUAGAAUAAGAAACGUGGCACAUCAAAGUCGCGUUGCAAAAUUUUACAAUAAAAGGGUUCGAGCUCGCCAGUUUCAAGUUGGCGACCUGGUCCUACGUAAAGCUGGGUUAACUAACAUUCAUUCGCACAUGGGCAAGCUCGCUCCCAAUUGGGAAGGCCCCUAUAUGGUUGUUCAAGUUAAGCGACCUGACUCUUACGUGUUAGCAGAUAUACACGGGCGUCAGUUACCUUACCUUUGGAAUGUACAGAAUCUUAGAAAGUUUUACAGUUAACGUGUGUAAUGUUAUUUCGCUGAAGGUGUUAUUUAACAGUUGUAAAUAGAGAUAUGUAGAAAAU